UAUUUAGUUUACUCAGCUCGACUACACGCAGCAAAACUUUUGCAUAAAUUCCAACAAAAUUAUAGAGUAAAUUGAACAGAUUUCGGCAAUAGUUUAUUAUACAAAUCCAAGUUAAAGAUGCAGAUGUGUUGUGAGCGCAUCUCAGCAGUGAUUGCCGGCGUUUUGGUUAGCCUCUGGUAUGGCAAGACCUUCGGCGAUGACAAGAAGAAGGAGGAUGAGAAGAAAGCCAAGAAGAAGUAGAGGCCGAACACUGCGCCGCCUUGUUUACUCAGAAGUUUCGGACAAUAUCACAGCGAUGCUUGCGUGUAACGAGU